AUAACUUUCUCCAGGUAAUUCAUUUAUUUGUAGGCAAAAGUUUCUCUCUCCACCAAGCAUCAACUCGGUCUCCUCCUUUCCACCUCUAUUUCUCCUUAAUUUUUACUUCUGAAAGGUUAAUUAGUAACCUUAUUAUUCACAAAUUUAAAGCAAGAAAGUAGCUAGCUAGCCUAAAGAUUGUUUCUCCUUCUUGAUCACAACAACGGAAUUAAGAGCGAGCAUAGUAGGAAAUUAACAUUACUUAUAAAUGGAGGAAAUGUAUGAAUUUGGUUCGAGCAGUAGUGCUGUUUACUCCGUCGACGACCAUUUGCAGCCGCCAUAUUUUGGAUCGCCGCCGGCGUUUUGCGAUGAGCUGCUCCCUGUGGGAUUUGGAUCCGGAAAUAUGUCGUCGGUGUGUUCGGAAUCUUCGGCUGCUAAUUCAGUAGUUGAUAAAAGUGGGACGUCUUCUUCUAAUUUACAAUUAGAAGAUCAUCAUGAGACGAAUAUUAGAGCAAAGAUCUCUUCUUAUCCUUUGUAUCCUAAGCUUCUUCGUACUUACAUCGACUGCCGCAAGGUAGGAGCGCCAUCUGAGAUUGUUGAUAUGUUGGACAAUAUUAAUAUUGUCCACGAAAAUGAUCUUUAUAGGAGAUCAAAUAGACUGAUCACCGGUGAUUCUGAGCUGGAUGAUUUCAUGGGAACUUACUGUGAUGUGUUAGCAAAGUUCAAGUCGGAUCUUGAAAGGCCUUUCAAUGAAGCAACUACUUUUCUUAAUGAUAUUCAAAUUCAACUUACCAAUCUCUGCACUACUCCGGUCACUCCGAGUAGCAAUAUCUCAGAUGAAGGAGCGGCGGGGUUGGAGGAGGAGGAGGAUACAAGCGGUGGUGGUGGAAAUACAAAUGAUAUGUGCAGAUCAGAGAAUGAAAUUAAGGAUAAGUUAAUGCGUAAGUACAGUGGAUAUAUAAGUAGUCUAAAGCAAGAAUUUUGCAAGAAGAAUAAGAAGGGAAAACUCCCAAAAGAAGCAAGGCAAAUCUUGCUUGACUGGUGGACCACUCACUACAAAUGGCCUUAUCCUACGGAAGGACAGAAAAUAUGUCUAGCUGAAUCAACAGGUUUAGAUCCGAAGCAGAUUAACAAUUGGUUCAUUAAUCAGCGAAAACGUCACUGGAAACCUUCAGAAAACAUGCAGUUUGCUGAUAUGGAAAGCAUAUAUGGUCAUUUUUCUGAAUAAUUUAGCUUAGAGGAAUUAAUCUCUUUCCGCAAUGUUUCUAAUCGGACAAUUUUGUCUUGCUAACAAUUAAAUCAUCCGUUCCAAUUCAUGUGAACCUGUUUAACUGGACACGGAGUUUAAAAAAAAAUAAAGACUUUUU